AUGGCUUCUAGUACAACAUCAGUUUCAUCCCGAUUAAACAUUCAAUGGUUUUGGAAAACAACAGGCAAUCCGUACAAGAAUUCCGACUCAGAUGAUUGGCGUGCAUAUUCCGAUAUUGAAACACGAAUGAUAGAAGAGGCGUAUGCACGACGAGAACCAGAAGCACUGCUCGAUGAUUAUCAUAUUAAUUUCAAACACCUCGUCCAAAUAUCGAAUGAUGAUAUGAAAAGUCAACGACCAGUCAAACGCGUUGUUAACGAAUGUGAACAGACAAGUUUGAGAGAUCAACGAUUCAUGCCAAAUCCGAUCUCGCCUUCGACACCAUUCUCUGACGUUCGUUGUGGAAAUUUCGUUCGAGCAGUUCGACAGCAUUUCAAUUUCGAUCAAUUGAGAUUGAAUGAUGACGCCGAACGACGAUUCCUAGUGCAAAAAGCUGCUGAAGGCUUCAUUAUCGAAGGAAAAAAAGUUAGUAAACAAAAAGAAGCUCAAUGGAUGGCACAACAUUUACUUAACGUUAUCAAUGGCAGUCGAGAAGAGGUGUGGGAAUGUUGUGUUCGGCUCUAUUGUUUAGAAUCAUUUAUCUACGUGAAAAUGAAUGAAUGGAUGCGUCUCAUUGAUGAAGAAGAGCAAGAACAACUUUGGAAAAGUAAAAUAUCUACAUUUGGUCCAUUUGCUUGUCUGCUAUUCGUGCCUAGUGGCGGCGAUAAGUACAAAAAGCUUUACGUUUAUCGCGGAGCAAACUUAUCGGAAAAAUUGAUCGAGCACUAUCGUCAGAAAAGUUUAGACAAAGACGAACGAUUUAUAUUUCCAGCAUUCACAUCGACUAGUCGAAAUCGAAGAAAAGCCGAACAAUUUGGAAAUGUACUGUUCAUUAUUGAAAUCAGCGAAUACGACGGAUAUGACGUGGCUGCGUAUUCCAAUUACGACGAAGAAGAACAGUUAAUCAAACCAGCAUUUUCUUUCUAUAUCCGUUCGUGUGAGUUCGAUCACAAAACGAACAAGUGGAUCAUUCUACUAAAAUCUCACCUGUCCUUAUAA